UCACAUCGGAUUGGUUCUUGGAAAACAAGCCACUUCCUAGCUGGUCAUGUGAUUUGCAUUUUUAAAAUCAACAGAGAAGCCAUGUCCAGCGGGUACCAGAUAGUGGUGCAGGGCGAGGCCUCGGAGACGGACUCUGAUGAUGAAGUCUACAUCACCUCCAUGACCGCUCCCGAAAUUGCCACAGUCGGAGCCAAGGUUCCCGGGGAGGCGUCUGAAACAGACAGUGACGGUGAGGAGGAGGAGCAGGAGCAGGAGCAGCAGGCCGCGCGAGCCUUCUCUCUGAGCCAGGACAGCGCCCAGAUACUCCGGAGAGACCUGCCUCCUCUCAUUGUAGUCAGAGACCACCCUGAUAUACAGUCGAUAGUGGAAGACAGGCCAAGUCCCACACACAGACCACAAGGUGACACGCUGUUACAACAGAAGCUGCAGGAAUCUAACAGUCGGCUGUAUUCUGACGUGGGACAGACGGUACGGCAGGUUUAUGGCAGCGCCAGUAGAGAGGUUCAAAGUGCAACAGCUCAGCUAAAUACUUCGCAGAGCGCCAUCAUCAAUGCGUCCCACAGCAUCAGAUUAAUCCUGGAUGACUUGAAGGCUGUGUCUGAAAAGAUUGACAUCAUCACCAGCUGUCAAAUACUGCCCGAUAUCAACAUCAAUAAUCUAAAUAAUCAUACUACUCCUGUACCUUAAAUAUAUAAAUAAUGUAUGAAUAAUUGUAUAUUAAAUCUACAGUCACACUUUAGAUUGAUUUGUCUGUCAGGUGAUGUUCUCUCUUCCUAUGUUCCACAGCCGUCUUUCAGGCUAACUGAAUAACAUUUAACAUAGGAAUAUUCAUAAUAAACAUUUUCUUUUCUAUUGGAUCUUUGUAAAUCUGAUAGGUCAAGGAGGAAGACUUGCUCUGGCACUAUAAUAAUUUGUUUCCCUUGUGUGUUAAAAUUGUAACAUAAAUGUGACUCACUAAUAUAAAUAUAUUUUUUUGGAAACUUGAA